AAAACAUUUGUGCCUUGCUUGUGUUAUCUGCGCGGUGGGUUGUGGGUGUGUGAGCGUCGAAGUAAAAUGGCGGACUUGGCAAACGAAGACAAGCCUGCCAUAGCGCCUCCUGUGUUUGUUUUCCAAAAAGAUAAAGCACAGAAGCGAUCUGCAGAGGGCUCGAGUGCUGAAGAUGGCGAAGAUUCAGACAAAGAUGAGGGAAGCUACUCCCCCCCUGUGAAAAGGGAACGGACCUCAUCGUUCCCACCCCCACAUUCUGUUCCCAAGAACAAUGUAUUCAUGCCCUCAAGUUUCUGCCAGUCUCCAACUGGGAACUCUGACUCUGAGCCAGAAGAGAAACCUGUGGGAUUCCGUUUAAAGCCACCCACUCUUAUACACGGACAAGCACCAAGUUCAGGUGUCCCAAGUCAAAAACCCAAGGAGCAGCAACGCAGUGUCCUCCGCCCUGCAGUACUCCAGGCACCGCCCUCUAAAUCACAUAUAGAAUCCAAUUCCAGUUGUGGAACCAAUGGCGUGAAAAAGUCAUCAGAUGGAGAAUCUGUGACCCAGUCCCUCUUCCUAAACAACAAAGAGCACUCAGCUAUAGUGGCCAAGUCACUGAAACAUGAAAAUGAGGAAGAUGGAGCAAGUGGUGACAAAGAUGGAGACAGAAGAGAGAAGAAAGAGGCAGAUGUAGCAUUAUCUUUUGUGUUUGGUCAGAAUAUUAAAGACAGAGCAAAGUUGGAGGAGAACAAUACGGAAAACAAUUCAAAGGAUGGUGUGCAACUGGACUCUCAAUCAGAAGGCACUAAUUAUUUCUUACAGUACAUCUCUACCCCAAGUUCAAAAAAUGCCACAAACAGUGCAGACAGUGGAGCAAAAUUUGUUUUUGGGCAGAAUAUGUCUGAACGAGUUCUGAGCUUUGUUGUGUUUCAGAGCCCCCCAAAGGGUGAGGCCUUAAAUGAGGAAAAUAAAGAAGUUUCAGCUGCUCCUGCUUCAGAGCCUUCAUCACAGGAAACCACCCCAGAAAAGGUGAACAGCGUGUCAGAGUCUUUGGAGGAGUCUGCAGCAGCGUACACCAAAGCCACAGCCAAGAAGUGCAUCUUAGAGAAAGUUGAUGUGAAAACUGGAGAGGAAUCAGAAAGCAACGUUUUACAGAUGCAGUGCAAGUUGUAUGUGUUUGAGAAGACUGCUCAGUCGUGGAUAGAGAGAGGUCGAGGAUUGCUGAGACUCAAUGACAUGGCUUCGACAGAUGAUGGCACACUACAGUCCCGUCUAGUGAUGAGGACCCAGGGCAGCCUGCGGUUGAUCCUCAAUACAAAACUUUGGCCCCAGAUGCAGGUGGACAAGGCCAGCGAGAAAAGUGUGCGAAUCACUGCCAUGGACACAGAGGACCAGGGGGUCAAGGUCUUUUUAAUAUCGGGUAGUUCUAAAGACAUAGGUCAGCUGGCUGCAGCAUUACAUCAUCGUAUCUUAGCCCUGAAGAGCAGGGCGGAGCAGGAGACGGAGACCCCAGCAGCAACCAUCCCUGAAGCAGAGGUACCACAGUCCAACGAGGAUGACAGUGACGAGGAAGAUAAAGCCUCUUCCUCGGCUGCAGCCUCCGCUCCUGUUACAAGUAAUUCAGAGGGAGGGGAGAGCCAGGCAACAGGAAGCACAUAGCGUCACUCUUGGACAGCCUGCUAAGAUGCCGCUGUUGAGGCAUUUUACUGUAGGCAUCUCAUGGACACCCCCUUGACCAAUAUGGGUCCUCCAGACCAGUACUUUUUGGAUAUUAGAAGUCUAGCUCCAGGAAAUAACCCCCUGUGCCAGAGUGUCUCACCCAACUCGUGCAGUUCAUCUUCUCUGCAUUCAACGUAAUAUCUGGAAUCGUUUCUUCCCUCCCUCUCCCAUUUUGUGUUUUAUUUUUGUUUUCGAGUAUUUUUUUUUCCUCUCCUGAUAGCAAAAAUAAAGACUUCAAAGCUUUGGUUUGGGACUUUUCUGCUCAUCAUAUUGAUGAGUGUAUGGGUGUUUUCCUCUACAUUUUAAGUAUGGCACAUGUUAAGACUGCAGUUUCUACUUUGGGACCUUUAUACUCACUCUACAGCUGUACCUCUGGACUCCACACAUCCAGAGGAGCUUCAUUCACACUGUGUUUGACUAGUCAUCCAGCUGGUUGGUCCUUCAUCAAGACCAACCUUCCUCUUAACCCCCCACCCCAACCAGUCUGUGCGUUAGAUUUUGGCAAAUGUAAUUUAUUUUUUGGCAGUGGUUUUCAUGAGGCAUCUCAACACAUACGUGCUGUUUGUAAUGGCUAGCCAAGACCACUCAAGUUGUCAUUACUAGCAAUUUCUUAUAUUUCCUAUUGAUCUAUAUUAUAGUGAAUAAAAGACUCAAACAAUGCAGUUUCUGCUAAUGUGAGUUAAUGAUGUGAGGACAUAAGGGCAGAAGGAUUCACCUCAAAAAUUUCUCUUAAUGAGAUGUUAGUCAUUCACUUUUUUUUUUUUAUUGGAGUGAACUCAUGAGUCUGCAUACUGCAUGUAACUUUUUCAUUCUUUUCAACAUCCCAAGGUUUUUCUUUUGUGUUGAUACAUAUUUUUAUGUUGAGAAUUAUAUGAACUUUUUAUCCAUUUACAUUUGGAAAACAUGUUGGAAUGAAGACUUUGUGUGGAAAAUAUGAGUGAUAACUGUAAUACCCUUUGAAUGUCAUGUACAUUUGAAUAUAUCAUUUAGUAGCGCACCAUGUUUUCUCAUUUCCUCCAACUGCCCCCUUUACAAAAUAAAUCAUUUUGGACUGA